AUGUCGGCCGAACAUUGGAACGACGACAUCGCCUACGCUUUCUCUGCUCAUAAAAUAUUCUUAAGAAUAUACGGUCUGUGGCCAUUGCAAGCGCAGACGUUGUUCACGAGGAUACGAUGGAGCUUCUGUAUUAUUGCGCAGUUGAUGGUGCUACCCUUUGUAACAUUGGAUCUCAUGUGGAGCAACGAGAACGCGGAUACAGGUAUAGAAAGUAUACUAUAUUUUGUGUCCGCGGUGCUUGGGAUCAUAAAACAAUUGUGUAUCGCUGUCAAUCAAAAGAAACUAGGCAUAAACAUUAAUGCUGCUAUCGAUGAUUGGUUGUCCGCUAAAGACGAUGAGGAAACUCGAAAGAUUAUGAGCAAAUAUGCGAUUAAAGCCAGAAUUCUCACUAUCAUAUUGCUAUACUCGGCCUGCGGAUGUUUUUGUAUUUACGUAUCAGCGAUCGUGUUUAUAAAUCUGAAGCAGAUAUUUUUCACUGAUUCAUUGGAGGCUAAUGCUAAUAUAACAAAUUGGAUACUCCUGGUUCCAUCUGGCCCAUUGGGCAGCUCGAUCACUGGUUCGCAAUAUGUUAUAAUCCUCCUUAUUCAAAUUGUUCAAACAUCCAUAAUAUGUUCGACGCAAUGUAUCGUAGACAGCUUUUUCUUCAACGUUACCAUACAUCUCUCUGGUCAACUCGAGGUCCUUAAAAACAGAUUUAAAAUUUUCUCGAGCAAGCCAGACACUGAAGCAAAUUGUCGAAAAAAAUUUGUCGGCUUAAUUAAUAGGCACAGUGAAUUAAUGGAAUUCUAUCAAAAUUUAGAAGACAGCUUCCAUUUCUUUAUAUUAUCUCAACUCGUGAUGGUGACGAUUAUGCUUGCAUUAAUAGGAUUACGUAUAAAUUUGUGCCUAAACGAGAAAAAUCAUGUUGAAAUGGCAAAGAGCGUUCUAGUCUUGAACUACUUAUUAAUGGAAUCACUGGUACUCACCUAUGGUGGUGACUUCCUACAAAGGGAAAGUGAAGGUAUAUUUUAUGCAUUAUACACAACUUCCUGGUUCACGCUUCCUUUAGCGCUGAUGAAGGACCUGCACUUUGUGAUGAUGAGGUCAAACAUUCCGUUUCGUCUUACUGGUGGAAAAUUUUUCUACGUUAAUCGCGAGACAAUGAUGUACAUUCUCAAGACAGCAGUCUCGUAUGUUUCCGUUUUACGAAUAGCAUUAAAAGAAUAAUGAUGAUCUCUAAUUCGUGUGUAAAUGCGUGUUUCAAUAUGUGUAUAUAUGAUUGAGUGUGUGUAUAUCAAGAUUUAAAAUAUGCAGAAAACAAUAUUGUACAAAUAUUGAUACACUGUGUAAAAGAUGCAAAUAUAUUUGAUUAAUGUAUAUUUUAGAACAUACUUUUUUGUAUAGUGUAAUUUAGAUAUUCUCAAAUUAUUUAAUUGUAAGAUUAUCAAGUAAAUUAUCAAGCAUUGCGUCGCUUGUAAGUUAAAAAAAAAUUUGAUUCUUACAAUUAGUUGUUUAUAACAUUUAUAUCUAAAUUUCGGCAUAUAAAUUAUCAAGCUCAGAGAUAUUUAUACAUUUAUUAUUAAUUACAACAAUUACU